AUGGACGCACCAGCUACAAUCAAUUUCUUUAAGGGCCAUCCAUCUUCUAGAUUAUUACCCCGUAAGGAAAUCAUCGAAGCUACUGCGGAACUAUUAAGUCCCGAAGAGAGACCCUAUGACUCCGAUACAAAUAAUAGACAUCCAUUAACGUACGGGUCUGAUUCUGGUGCCUAUUGGGUCCGUAAUGAAAUUACAGAACUUAAUAAGAAAGUGUAUGGCAUAGAUCAUGCGAAACCAGAAUAUUUAAACUUAACUUCUGGUGCAUCAUAUGGGAUCUUGAAUAUCUUAUUACAAACUACUUUGCCUCAUGUUGGAUAUACGAAACAAGCUUUUAUUGUCACUCCUACAUAUUUUUUGAUUAAUGAUUGUUUCAUUGAUGCUGGGUUUGCAGGUAAGAUGACUGCAAUUGAUGAAAUGGAUCCAACAAGUGAACAAUUUGACGGGUAUGAUUUGAAUAUAAAUCUCUUGUUAGAUAAAAUACAUGAAUUAGAAGGUAGUGUACAUGGUAAUAGUAAUGAAGAUGAGAUUGAAAAAAAUGAAGGGACAUGUACACAACAACUUCUAAAUGAUAGUAAAGCUAAAUUGCCACGAAGUUUAGAAUGUAUAAGGAGACCCAACGCGAACAGUAUGAAGAAAAUAUAUAAAUAUGUCCUAUAUUGUGUUCCAAGUUUUGCAAAUCCAUCUGGUAAAUCUUACUCUCUGAAGACGAAAAGAAAAUUAAUUGAUUUGGCCUGUUUGUAUGAUAUUUUAAUUAUUACAGAUGAUGUUUAUGAAUUUUUAAAUUAUAAAGUAAAUCCAGCAACAUCUGUUAUUCCCAAAAGAUUUGUUGAUAUAGAAAGAGAAAUGUGGCGAGACCUUCCAGAUGGAUGUGAUUUAGAAGGAAUGUAUGGACAUGUUGUAUCAAACGCAACGUUCUCAAAGAUAAUAGCGCCUGGGUUAAGAGUUGGAUAUAAUGAAACCAUUUCAUCAAAAUUAGUUACUCAAUUAUCUAAAGGUGGUGCUAAUGUUUCUGGGGGUACACCUUCUCAAUUAAAUUCUAUGAUUGUAGGAACCAUGUUAAGAAAUGGAAGUGCAAUGCGAAUCUUACAAAAUUUGAGAGAUACAUAUAAACAUCGAAGUGAAGUAUUGUAUGAAAGUAUUAAACAAUGGUUACCCAAGGAUACGAUAGCGCCAUUACAAGAGGGAGGUUAUUUCAGUUGGGUAACAUUACCGGAAGGUUAUGAUGCCAAGGAAGUUGGUGAACGAUUGGAGUGUGAAUAUGGUGUGAUAUUAGCAAAUGGGUCCAAUUUUGAAGUGGCUAAUGAUGAAAGAAAUUGGGGUGCCAGAUCUGUGAGAUUAUCUAUCAGUUUCAUGGAACCCACUGAUAUUAAGAUUGGCAUACAACAAUGGGGGGAAGUAUGUAAAAAAUAUGCAAAGGAAUUUUCUCUCCCCUUUUAA